GCCGUGGUACCUUUCGUUGAGCUCCUCGGGGGACAUGUUCCCCGUCAACAGUCCUCCAGACGUGGAAAUGGCGUGUUUGAUACUGAAGAUGCCACGGACAAUAACAGACACUUGAAUGCACGCUCACCUGUGCCGCUUUUGUGGCGCGCGGAUUCCUAGAAGUAGAAGUAGUAGUGGAAGUAGCAGCAGUAGCGGUAGUAGUAGUAGUAGAAGUGGUAGUGUCAGUAAAGGAGGACAACAUGAAGUACCAGAAAUAUAUCACGGUGAUGCAGAUGGCCAUGGGAGUGACAGCCUCCAACAAAGACUGCCUCCCCACUAAGAGACAAAUGUGGGUAACCCCCCAAGAUGAAGAAACAUCGCCCUCAGAUGAUCCCGGGUAUUCAAAUGAUUCUACAAGUACUACCGGUGGCGCUGGUGCUAUGGAAAUGCCUGCCACCUUCACCCUCUCGUUGCCCAUGAGCCAGGGUAAACCUUCCCUGCGUCGCAUCAAAGGCCGCAUUCACCGCAGCAAGAGCCUGGACAGCAUGGAUCUGCUCGACUCCAACAGUGCAGCGAUGGAGGAGACGGUGAUAUGGGAACAGCACACAGUGACCCUUCACAGGGCGCCAGGAUUUGGGUUUGGCAUUGCCAUCUCAGGUGGGCGAGACAACCCUCAUUUCCAGAGUGGGGAGACGUCCAUUGUGAUAUCUGAUGUGCUGAAAGGAGGUCCUGCAGAAGGACUGUUACAAGAAAACGACCGAGUGGUGAUGGUCAAUGCCGUGUCGAUGGACAACGUAGAGCAUGCCUACGCAGUGCAGCAGCUCAGAAAGAGUGGCAAAAAUGCAAAGAUAACUAUUCGUCGUAAAAAAAAAGUGCAGAUCCCCGUUUCUCGACCCGGGGACAGGGAGACGAUGUCUGAGCAUGAGGAAGAGGACAGUGAUGAGGAUGAUGGCUAUGAGCACCACAGUGGGCAUGACAGCCAAAGUGCCAAUGCAGGAGCAAGCGGCGGCACGGGCACCGGCAGGCGGCACGAGCGUGAGCGUAGCAGCAGCGGCAGGAGGGACCGCAGUGCCUCGCGGGAGAGGAGCGUCUCACCGCGCUCUGAUCGCCGGUCACAAGCCUCCUCUGCUGCACCAAGGCCUGCCAAGGUCACCCUGGUCAAGUCUCGCAAAAAUGAAGUAGAAUAUGGACUGCGGUUGGCCAGCCACAUCUUCGUUAAGGACAUCUCUCCUGAGAGCCUUGCUGCCAGAGAUGGAAACAUCCAGGAGGGAGACGUUGUGCUGAAGAUCAAUGGCACAGUCACAGAGAACCUAUCACUAAUAGAUGCCAAGAAGCUGAUCGAGAGGUCAAAGGGCAAGUUGAAGAUGGUGGUGCAGAGAGAUGACCGUGCGACGCUGCUCAACAUUCCCGACCUUGAUGACAGCAUCCCAUCAGCCAAUAACUCGGACAGAGACGACAUUUCAGAUAUACAUUCACUGACAUCCGACCAUUCCAAUCGAUCCCACGGGCGAGGGAGUCGAUCACGUUCGCCUGAACCAUCAGACCUUCCCCGUCACUCACCUCGGCAGAUCAGCAACGGCAGGGCCUCCCGCCCCAAGUCCCUCCGGAACCGAGCCCAAACCCCAACCCCCCUCACUGGCCCCCGGCUUGCAACCAUUCACCCCCUGCGGAUGCCUCCCGGGCGCUUUGUUACAGCCCUGGCCGCCCUCAGAGCAGAUCCCGAACAGACCCUUGGCCUCCCAUCAUCCGGCGGGUACCUACCUCCCUCAAGUAGUAACUCUGUACAUUUGUCUUCUCUAGGGAGUGAACCCAGGGAUGCAGGAACCAACCAGAAGAGCUCCGGCAUCAUUCGCCUGCACACCAUCAAACAGAUAAUUGACCGGGACAAGCAUGCCGUGCUGGACAUCACCCCGAAUGCAGUGGACCGUCUGAACUACGCUCAGUGGUAUCCCAUCGUGGUGUUUCUCAACCCAGACACAAAGCAGGGUGUGAAGACGAUGAGGACCCGCCUCUGCUCUGAGUCCAGGAAGAGUGCCAGGAAGCUUUUUGAACGAGCCCUCAAAUUAAGGAAGAACAACCACCACCUCUUCACCACAACUAUUAACUUGAACAACAUGAACGAUGGUUGGUUUGGAGCGCUGAAGGACACAAUCCAGCAGCAGCAGAACCAGCUGGUGUGGGUUUCAGAGGGCAAGGCUGAUGGGGCAGCCGAGGAUGACUUGGACAUCCACGACGACCGGCUGUCGUACCUGUCGGCACCAGGCAGUGAGUAUUCCAUGUAUAGCACCGACAGCCGCCACACCUCCGACUACGAGGACACGGACACGGAGGGCGGCGCCUACACCGACCAGGAGCUGGACGAAACGCUGAAUGACGACGUGGGUCCACCCGCGGAGCCGGCCAUCACCCGCUCCUCCGAGCCGGUUCGUGAGGACCCGCCUGUCAUCCAGGAGCCCACUGGCUACGCUAGCUACCCUCACACAGUGCAGCCGGACCCCCUGAACCGCAUCGACCCGGCUGGAUUCAAGGCACCCGUUCCGCAGCAGAAAGCAGAGGCCGCCGUCCCUAGCGUCCCCCAGCAGCCUGAGCCCUUGGCUGAGACAAUGCCCCCUGCUGUCGACGUAACUGUAAUAACUGUCAGGGGUCUGAGCCCUGACGAGGCUCCUGCAGCUCCUCGCAGCCAGCCCAGCCCCAACCCAGAGGCUGGCUCGCUUAGGAGGCCCACCCCUGAGCUAGCUCCUCAGAGCGUCACACCAGAACCUCUGCAAUCUGGACUGGCCAGUUCAGAACCAAAGAUGUUUCAGAAGGAUCCAUACAGCGUAGACAACCCGGGGAGAAGCAAUCACAGCAUGAAGCCUGUGACUUACAACCCUCAGCAGGGAUAUCACCCUGACCAGCAGCCAUACAGAGAUUAUGACCACCCACCCAGCCGGUAUGAUGUCAGCAGCAGUGGGGUGAGCAGCGGAGCUGGUUACCCAGAACCAAAGCACAGAAACUAUGACUCUAACAUGGCCUACGAGAACAGUGUGCCUCAUUACGAUCAGCAGCAGUGGAACCCCUACAGCCAACCACUCUCUACUGCCAACUCCCAGGGCUACGACCCCCGUUUGCCAUACAGUGACGGCCCUGACUCCCAGUACACCCCUCCUCUCCGCUACGACGAGCCCCCACCUCAGCAGGGAUUCGACGGGCGGCCUCGCUACGGCAAACCAACGGGUCCAGCUCCGGUCCGCUAUGAUGAUCCUCCACCUUCUGUCCGCUAUGAUGAUCCUCCACCUUCUGUCCGCUAUGAUGAUCCUCCACCUUCUGUCCGCUAUGAUGAUCCUCCAGCUCCUGCUUCAGAGGCGGACCUGCAUUACAACCAGGAUUCUCACCUGAGCACGUACCCUUCAGCUGGCCACUCCCCAGACCCGGCUGCCCAGCGGCCUGCGUAUCACCAGGGACCAACGGCGCAACAAAAGAGCUCCAAGCCUCAGCAGUACGACCCUGUACCUGUGAACUCUGAAACCAGCCCCACACCGCCUCCCAAAGCAGAAGCCCUGUCACCGCCUCCUGCGGAGGCUCUCCCCGCCAGGAGCGAGCCACAGGAAGACCCCGCCCUGCGGCAUCAGUCUGUCCUGACGAGAGUCAAGAUGUUUGAGAACAAGCGCUCUGUGUCCGUGGACAGAGCCAGAGAUGCAGGGGAUCCACCUGUGAACAAGGCAGCGGAUUUACCUUUGAAAGCAGGCGGAGUAAUUCCGAAAGCAAAUUCCCUGAGCAACCUGGACCAAGAGAAGACCUUCAGAGCCCCGGGGCCUCAGCAGCCUCCGUCCCAGGUAGCUGAUGACAUUGUGCGCUCCAACCAUUACGACCCUGAUGAGGACGAGGACUACUACAGGAAACAGCUGUCUUACUUUGACAGGCUCCAGACCGGUCCUACCAAACCCCAGCCACAAGCACAAACGACUAACAACUACCCCAGGAUGGAGUCAGUGGAGAAACCCAUUCCUGUGGAGAAAAAAUAUGAACCGGUUCCCCAGAUGAUGCCUUCUCUGCCACCAGCCAUACUGCCCAAACCUGCACCUGAAGCCAAACCUCCUGGCCGAGACGACACUGUCCAGACCAACUUCCUGCCUCAGAAGAAUUUCCCUGAGAAGUCUCCAGUAAACGGGACGAGUGAUCAUCCUCCAAAAGCAGCUCUGCCAGCAACCAGCUACAACCGCUACGCACCCAAGCCCUACACCACGUCAGCCAAGCCUUUUGCACGCAUGUUCGACAGUCCUAAAUUCAACCACAACCUUCUGCCCAAUGAAAAGCCUGAUGCUGCUCCAAAGGCCCAGAGCUUCAGCCCAGUGAGGCCUCCGAUAGCCGCUCAGCCCCAGAACACAGACCCCGACAGUGGCCUGGACACGUUCACACGCACGAUGGACCACCGCUCCAAACACCAGCACAACAACAUCAACGCUGUGCCCAAGGCCAUCCCUGUGAGUCCUAGUGCCCUGGAUGAUGAUGAGGAUGAAGAUGAGGGCCACACAGUGGUGGCAACAGCUCGAGGUAUCUUCAACUCUAACGGUGGCGUCCUGAGCUCCAUUGAGACAGGGGUCAGCAUUAUAAUCCCCCAGGGUGCCAUCCCUGAAAGCGUGGAGCAGGAGAUCUACUUCAAGGUCUGCAGAGACAACAGCAUCCUGCCGCCACUCGACAAGGAGAAAGGAGAGACUCUGCUCAGCCCUUUGGUGAUGUGUGGACCUCACGGCCUCAAGUUUUUGAAGCCAGUGGAGCUGCGCUUACCUCACUGUGCGUCUAUGACCCCUGAUGGUUGGUCUUUUGCUCUAAAAUCCUCCGACUCCUCGUCGGGUGACCCAAAAAGCUGGCAGAACAAGGCUCUCCCCGGAGACCCCAACUACCUGGUGGGAGCCAACUGUGUUUCUGUGCUCAUUGACCACUUUUAAGGACGGAGCAGCACUGAAUGUGGAACCACGGGGUGUAAACUGAAGAGGACGGACACACAUAAACACACACACACACACAUAAUGGAAUAUGAAGAAGAGCCAGUCAGUGCCGUUUACUGCCCCCUUGGAUGAAGGCGAGACACUGAUGAUGGUUGCAAGCUGUUCUUUAAACUCUUUCUCCGUUUUGAUGUGACAUGAACCCAUGGAUGCAUGCACCACUGAGGAUUGACACUAUAUACAAGGCGAUGUUUAAUGUAAUUAUUACAUGAAUAUAGAUGAGGCUUUUGAGGCAGCAUAAAUGCGUCAAAAAUCUGUGUUGGUAUAUUUAUGCUAUAUAUGCAUACAGUAUAUAUAGUAUAGAGAAGAUUUACAAAAAUUGUACUCGUGAAGUCAAUUAACAGUCAACAUCUUGUUAUUUUCUCAGUUCAGGUGACUGAUUACAAGACAUGUAUCUCCACGCUAUUUGUCCACAUUGAGGACAUUUUAUUGAAGGUUUGAGACAGAAGUGAGGUUAAAGUAAACCAGCGUGUGAAGAAGUUGGCAAACCGUGAGCGUGACAUCAACCCAAGCAGCACACCGGUUCGAGACGUUCUCCCCGUAUCCUUGCGUGAGAUCUCGUAGCUUACUUUCUUCCAGAGACGCGUCUCCUUCCAGCCUGAGGGAGGUCUAUGCAUGUUCUUAACUCAGGUCCGGUAGCCUCCGCAGUUCCUUCCUCACUCUCUAUCUCGUCUUCUCUCUGUGCACUCACACACAAAUAAGCAGUGAUGCCUUAUCUGCAGAUUAUUCACUUUUCAUUCAGUAAAACACAAAAUAAGUUAUGAUAAAUUAUGGUAUAAUGUCAUUUGUUUUGCCAUUUUUUUUGUGAACCCUCUGUAUAAAUGAACAUGGGUUUAGCACACAACAAUUUAUAAAGGAUAACAAAGGUAUGCUCUUCUUUUAUCUGCUAUGCAUUACUAAAAAACGAAAAAGAAAACGGGAAAGAAGUGGCUGUAAAUAAAGCUAGCAUAUUGCCUUGUUUCUUUUGUUUGUAAAUGAACUUUUUGUAUGUCUUUCUUUUUUGUACAAAACUUAGAGAAAACAUGUUUAAAAAAAAGUGGAAGACAGUGAACGUGGUUAUCUUUUUAUUCCGGAUAUAACCUCGAGCCUUGGAACUUGUAACCUAACAACAACGCAUCACAUCUUUUCUACCGAUAUAUUCACACAACGUUAUGGUCACAAAAAAAGCUCUUUUAAGGCUCUUUUGAGGAUCAGGAAAGUGCUUGGGCUAAAAUACAUUUAAAACAUGUUCUUUUAAAAAGGGUGUGCUCUCCAAGUGUCCCUCACUGACGUGUGAUACUGGAUGCUGUAUUGUGUGCCCUUAAAUGUAUUUUUGUACUAAUAGACAAUAUAUGAUGUAUGGCACACCAGUACCAUUUUAUUUUUAGAUAUAACACGGCUUUAAUUGGAUAUUAGCUCUUCACUUGUGACUGACUUUUUUUUUUCUCCUGCAACACAAUUUUAAGUAUACCACUGUAUUAAUAAAUAAAAUCAUUUUUAAAGUAAA